AUGAUUAAGGCUACAACUAUUAUUGCUAGUUUACUUAUUAUUGUAUUGUGUACACAAUAUACAAUGGCACAAACAUGUAAGAUUGGUACCUUGUUUAAUCAAUCACCUAAACAAUGUACAGAUUGUACAACAUGUACAGGUGCAAAUCCAACAUGUGCUACUAGAAGUGAUGAUCUUGAAGUUUCUUCUAACUUGAUUUUAUUAACAGGUGAUUGUAGGGUUGUUGGUAUUGAACAAGCAUGUUCUCGAUAUGAUCCAAAGAAUCAAAAAUAUGUUAAUAAUGAUGGUUCAUAUAGAAUUUGUAAGGCUUGGUGUGAAAAGAGAAAAUCAACAUGUAAUGAUCCAACUGAUUGUUCAAAUUAUCCUACUACUGAUUGUUGGAAUAAUUCUAAUACUAUGGUAUUAAGUAUGGGUACUUUUAUUUUAAUUCUCAUUUCUAUUCUUUUAUUUUAA